AUUAGUUUCUGUUGGUCGAGUGGUGUAUUUGAUAAAUUCAGGGAGUCUUGGAAGCGCCCCGUCUCAAGUACCUUGGCUAAGCCAUCUCAGUUGGGCCAGGUCUUUCAGUCUGUCACACACCUGCCCUGCCAUUCCCCAUUCUUCUCUCGAACGUCUACCCACUGCGUCUUCAUUAUGCCCAAGUCUAAGCCCAAGAAGGAAGACCUAAAGAAUUUCUUCAAACUGCCUUUCAGGAAACGGAAAGAGACGCAGUCAGUGUCGCAGACCACUCCGCUUCAGCCUAGUCACAGCCUAGUCAACAGGGCAGAGUCCCAGCAGGACAGUCAGUCAGAAAUCCAACUCGAAGCCACAGGUUCAUCUACACAGAAUGCUCUCAACGAAAACCACGAUGAGCUCGAAGAACAGCGAGAUGAAACCGACGAUUCUGUCGAGUACGAAUGGGGAAAGCUCUGGGAGGCAGCAUAUCAGCAGCUUUCCGAGAAGGAAAAAAUCCUCAUGGACGCAUAUCGAGAUGCUCUUUUGAAGUCAGACAACACAAAGUCAUUUGUUGCCUCACGGCAACAAGAGGAUAGAGAGGAGCAGCUGAAAAGUCUCGCCCAUUACAAUCUCAAGCGGAUCGAAAACGCUACCCCAUUUAAGCUGCGGUUCAAGGACACGGAAGUUGUCCUGAAAGAGGAGGUCGAUCGUCUUGUUCAUGGCAUUAUUGCAGUAAAAGAUGUCAUCUCAGCAGCCAUCUCUGGAGAGCCCCAUGCUUCACUCGCAUGGGCGGGAGUUCUAGUGGGACUGAAUCAAAGCGAGCAUGCUGCAGAGCGGUCCUAUAUGCCUGAACAGGCCUGUCAUGGCUCAAGCGCAGGUGAAGGGACUAUCUGGUUGAAAAAGAAGGUCGUUUCAAUCUACACUCUUGUUUUCCGGUACCAGAUCCGAUUUGCAAAGCGCUACUUUCAGUCUUCAGUCACUCGAUACUUCAAGGAUCUCGCUACUGUCGAUGAUUGGCAAUCUAUGUGGAAGGACAUUGAACAAAGCGAUGAUGCAGUUAGCAAGUACCUGCAAGCAAAGUCAAAUGCGACAACUCAAGACAUACAUGACAAUGUUCAGAAGUUCUACCAGGAAACACAAAGUCUGUUAGAUGAGGCAAAUAAGGGGGUCAAGGCAAGUUCCAAGCCAAGGCUGCGCAUGGCCAAUUUCACCAUACUAAACGGACUCAGACCUCUGAUGAGCGCUGCCUAUAACUCCGGGUCACGGGCAGAAAUAGAUGGACAGUGCCUGAAAGGUACACAAGAAGCUGUUCUCAAUCAAAUCCAGUCCUGGAUUGAUGAUUCACAAACGCCACCAAUAUUUUGGCUUCAUGGGAUGGCAGGAACAGGAAAGUCCACUAUCGCUCGAACCGUUGCUUCUGCGCUUGACAGAAGAGAGCGUUUAGAUAGCAAAGGGUCGUUACCUGAUGAAAUCUGCCUUGGAGGUACAUUCUUCUUUCGCCGAACACAACACGGACAUGGCCAAGCCACUGCAUUGUUUCGCACGCUUGCAAGGCAGCUUGUCGAGGCGCUGCCUGAUCUCGCUCAACCUAUAUGCGAUGUUAUUGAACAAAACUAUGAUAUCGCCAGUGAAAUUAUGCUCAAUCAAUGGCGUGACUUAGUUCUUCAUCCUCUCCGGGAUCUUGGAAAACGUCUUCUUCUACCCCUAACUGUUAUCUUGGUCGUUGAUGCCCUCGACGAAUGCCUACCCGAAACAUCUUGGGACUCCAAGAGCGCCGGUCAAAGUCUACCUGAAAAUAAUAUUCACAUCAUCGUGAAUCUUCUAGGCCAGGUUCGCGAGCUGGAAACAUCGCAUGUACGGGUGAAGAUAUUUAUCACCAGUCGACCAACAGAUGAAAUCGGUUUCCGAUUUGGUCAGCUUCCUGCAGACAAUCACAAAAGUGAAACACUCUUGAAGGUUCCUCUGCCACGAAUGGACGAUGCAAGAAAGGACGAUAUAACUCGCUUCCUCGGAUACAAAUUGCAUAGGAUCAGACAAAUACACUCCAGGAAGGAAGACUGGCCAGGCCCAGAAAAGACCAUUCAGCUUGUAUUGAAGGCAGACGGCUUGUUUAUUUAUGCCGCGACAAUCUAUCGCUAUAUGGAACCUCUCAAGGCUGACCUAGAUAUGCGCCUCACUGAUAUCUUAGAGAAUAAGAUCGAUGAUGGCUCACCUCAGGAAGACCUCGACCGGCUCUACAUUACGAUUUUGAAAACUGAAGUUAUUGGAAAUGUCACUAAAAGGGAAAGGUUGCAGAGGGCGUCCGAAUUCAAACGGAUUGUUGGAUACAUCCUUAUUCUGUCAGACUCUCUUCCGAUUCAUGUUCUUAGCAACCUCGUAUCAAGUGAGUCUCGAGACAUGACAAACACUGUGGAAGAAAUGGUACGAUGUUUGCAUUCGGUGCUAGCCAUGUCUGAGAGCGGGCGUUCUAUUGAGCUACUUCACUUGUCGUUUCGGGAUUUUCUUGUCAAUCGAGAAAGAUGUGGUGAUGAAUUCUGGAUCGAUGAAAAAAGAACGAACCUUGAGCUCUUCGAGCGCUGCAUUGAGAUUAUGUCCAGUGCCCUAAAAAAGAACGUUUGCCAGUUCGAAAGGAUCAAUGUUCGAAUUGAAGAUGUCAAGCGUGAGACAUUGGGUCUAUAUCUCCCAGAGCACGUACAAUACGCGUGUUGCUACUGGGUUUAUCAUCUUCAGCAGAGCGAUUUCACAUCUUCCAGUACUGACAAGCUUCAUGGAUUUCUGAAAGAGCAUUUUACUCAUUGGAUCGAAGCCAUGAGUCUCAUGAGGAAGGUGUCCCUAAGCAUUCUGGUUUUGAAUGAUUUACUAAAUUACAUCUCUACACUUUCAACACACAUUGAUGCUAGCCUGAGUGAGUUUGUUCAAGAUGCUAAGCGGUUCACGGUCUACUUUCGAUCAGUCAUUGAGCAGGCACCUCUACAACUACUCGAUGACGAAAUAGCUUUGUGGGACACGGCUACUUGGAGACGUGUUCAGCUAUUGAAGCAUGAAAGCAGCGUCCAUGCUAUGUCCUUUUCCCCAGACUGCAAGUCUCUAGCGUCUAGCGCCGGCACAAAAGUCCGAAUAUGGCAUUUGGCAACGGGUCUUUCAAGCAUUCUGCACGAGGAUAACACUCCUGAGAAUGACACAAUGGCUUACCAUAUGCAAUUUUCGCCAGAUGGUGAAAGGCUUGUAGUAGUGUUUGUAGAGGGGCGGGGUCUCAUCUGCAAUCCACAUCAAAAGGGAGUUCUGGUUUCAUUCCAACUCUUUUCAUCUGCCUCGCCGAACAGGUGGAGACCGUUUAUAUCAGCCUUUUCACCAGAUAACAGGCUAUUGUUAUUUUAUUUCGUCAUUCUUCACAGCAGUGACAGAUGGCACAGUGGUGCUGAAGUCUGGAAUGCCGUUGAAGGGGUUCGAUUACAAACAUUUGAGUCUGCCGCUCGAGGUGGCGUGUCAUUCUCACCGGACGGCAAACAGGUGUGGUCUGCAUCCACUGACGGAAGAGUGCAGAUUUGGGAUUCAAUUACUGGCAGUCUACAAGAAAAAAUGAAUAUCGGUCCCUCCAUCGCGGCUUCGUUCUCUUCUGAUGUCAGCAAGCUUGUUUCUCUUUCCACGGAUCACCAAGUUCGAGUCUGGGACCCCGCAGCAGCCAAGUUGUUGAGGAUUCUUCCCGGUUUUUCUUCUCAUGAGAACAUCGAUGAACCUUGCGUGGACUUUCUCUCUCCAUCCAGUGAAUCUGUGACUGCGAGUACAUUUAGUAGUCUUUAUGUGUGGGACACUGCCACGGGGAAAUCGAUUGUCGAACUAUUUUUACCAGAUUUUCUUGGUGCGGGGCCCGCCUUUUCCCCAAACGGAAAACUGGUUGCCUGCGGAAACAAAAUCUGGGAUUGCCUUACGCCCAUGAACCAGACGAUCGACCAGUAUCAGGGGCAAUCCAGGUGUCACAUUAUAUCCCCGGACGGCACAUUGAUGGUUUUCAUAAACCGGGAUGUCCUGCAGGUCCGAGAUGCCAAUUUGACCAUCCUGAAGCCAGCUUUAGCCCCAUAUCAUUGGGAAUUUCCCCGCGCUCGCUUUUCUGUGGGUGGCAAAAGACUGAUAACAGUUGACAGGGGGCCCCUAAUUACCAUCUGGGAUUCUGGUACAUGGGAUCCCCUGCAAACAUUUCGCUUGAAAAUUCCGGAUGGCUAUACCCCGGGCGAAAGUUAUUCAUUCCAGAUAUCACUGGACUCAAUGACAGCAGUAUAUUCACUGGAAGCUCGAGACGGAAUCAAAUAUACUAUUGGCCUGUGGCACCUAGCCGUGGAAAACUCAUUUCUUGCUAUCGGAGAGCUUGAUUAUCCACUCUCACAUCUAGCAUUGUCCUCGGAUGGGAGCCUUGUUGCUUCGAUAUCUAAAGAUAACCGUGUCCAUAUCUGGAAUGCUAACUCAGGGGAGGUAUUCAAGACUUUGGGCGACCACGUCUAUGGAGAUCUCGCAUUCUCUCCGGAUAAUAAAUUCAUUGCAUCCGGAGGGAGUUCGCUCAUACUGUGGGAUAUAGAAACCGGUGCAAAAUGUCGGCAAGUUCAAGAUCAGAGUUGGCAUGAAACCCUUUCCUUUUCACAGGAUGGACAAUGGCUUCUUACAUCACGUGGGCAGUUCCCUCUUGCUCCUGUGUUCAAUCCCUGUUUCGAUCUCUCGAAAAAGGGGAUCUCUAGAGACGAAGAAUGGCUUCUGCACAAUGGUAAGGAAAUGAUUUUGCUUCCUCCUGACGAGCAGGACCUUUCAUUGAGGUGCCCUGAUCCUUCACUUGUUCGAGAGAAUUUUGUGGUUGCGGACUAUGGUCGAGGUGCUGUGAUUGAGUUUGAUGACAAUGAAGAAAGCGGGCUAAUAUAG